UUGUUAUUGUUGUUGUGUGCUGUCACCGUAGUGUGUAGUUAGUGAGUGAGCGUGUAGCGUGUGUGCUGAUCGUUCAAAACGGCUCGAUUGCGGAAUAGCCAAACGGAUUUACUACCGGUCGAAAAUAAGAGGAAAGAAAUAAAAGAAAAAAAAAGAUCAUUCAGUGAGUGAGUGGCAGUUGGUUGAAUAAAAUUCGCAUUUUAUUUUCGCCAGCCGCACGAAACACGCCAAUUAUCAGCGAAGUCGUUUCGGUGUCUGUGUGUGUGCAAUCCUGGAAGAAAGUUGAUUUCCGGACCCGAUCAAUCGAUCAUCCUCCAGAAGAACACGCAACGGCAGUGAAUUGGAGCGAACGGUUGGAAGGCUGCCAGCUAGCAAUCCACCACGGAUUAUGCUUACCAGACGAAUGCAGCAGUUCUUUUGCACUACCGGAGUAGUGUUGCUGCUGCGAGUAACGGGUUGAACUUCCGAAGCGCCACUGUCUGUCCCGUGCCGCGUGUAUCGCGUUCGUGCGUAGCCGAGGAUCACACAAUCGCUAUUUAUUCGGUCUUGUAAAGCCUUCAUUGCCCCGGCUGGCAGGUGAAGCGUAACGGAGGGGCCAGCAGCAGUAAAAUCGAGAGUGAAGGAUGGAAAAGUACGUAACCGUCGUGUCGGUGGACGAUCAGCUGCUGUCGCCGAUCGUGCCGCCACCGAUCGAUCCGGUCGUGAUUGUCGCCAGCAGCGGCACCAGCGCCGACCGGGCCGUCGAGCUGAGCAACCUGAACGGACUGGCGAAGGUGGCGAACGGCUGCACGGAGCAGCAACCGAUGGCACAGCAGCAGCAGGACGAGCCGCUGGACGAUUCACAGUUUGUGACGGUGCUGUCCAUCAACCACGGGCAGCAUGGCCGGCAGCAGAGCGCACCGGAAGUGGUGCUGGUGUACCGGUUGCCGGGCGAGCGGCUCGGCUUCGGGCUAAAGUUUCAGGGCGGCACCAAGAGCAACGAGAAGAUACAGCGGCUGUUCAUACAGUCGUGCGCGGAAAACAGUCCCGCGUCCCGGGUACAGGCGAGCUGGGGCCAUCUGCGCGAGGGCGACGAGAUACUGGAGAUAGACGGCGUUAGCGUUUGUCGGAUGACGCGCAUCGAGUGUGUGAAGUGUCUGAAGGACAGCAACGUUGCCAUCAAGCUGCUGGUGCGGAACGGCGAGGGCAAGGUACAGAACUUUUACGGUGGGGACAUUCCAGAGCGUAAAGGCCCACCGCCUCCGCCACCGGUUCCACCGCGAAAGCUAAACAAGCGCAAACAGGCGACGGUGGAGCAGCAGAACGCUUCCAGUGCGGCUGACGCACCGGCAGGUCCACCAAGCAAACAGGGCUUUGGAACAAUGCAGCCAAACAGUGGCCCAGCCUCGUCGGAACCGGCGCCGCCAGACGCGGAGAGCUACAGCAAUCUCUUCGCGGCCGACGACAUCAGCGACCUCAUCUCGGAGUCGGACGAUACGGCCAGCACCAUCUCGACCGUGGUGGACAAGUUCUCGAUCUGCUCGAGCCUGUCGUCCGAGGACUACACGAUCCCGUCGCACGGUGGCCCGGCCGGCAUCGGGCAGAGUGCGGAGCUGGCCAAAGCGCUCAAGCCUUUCACGCUGCUCGAGCAAGAGUUCAACCUAGAGAGCAGCAAGUUCGAAACGACCAACCUGUUUACCUUCAAGCCACCGCCGGCAGCGAAUGGCUCGAACGUGGUCCAGCUGGAAGUGCUGGCAGAGAAGCCCGCCGUCCCCGCGGCUGCCGGCGGCGAGUACGAAAAUGUCACCAUCAUGAAGGUGGACGAAAAUCGCAACUACGAGAACGUCACCGUACCGUACGGGCCGUACGAGAACGUUACGAUACAGACGGUGCAGCCGUACGAGAAUAUGGUACUGAACCGGGGCGCCGUGGCAGGUCGUCCGAGGCAGCAGAGCGGCAGUGAACCGGCUAGCCCACCAGCAACGACCGAGCCGAGCAGUGGGGUGUAUGAAAAUUUCGAGCUAAAAGCACAAACCGUUGCAGCAGUGCCGCCACGUCCACUACCAAGACAGGGUGCGGUAGUGGAGCCGAAGAAGCGGGCACCGAUACCUGUCCCGAUUCCGAUCGUCGUGCCACCACCACGCCUGAAGCCGGCGAAACCCGCUCAGAAUGGUUCGGGCGGUGCACAGCAGCAGCAGCAAGCGUCGGUGGAGCCUUCACCCGCUGUAAACGCACCGCUUGGGUCCGAGUUCAACACGGUCCAGAGCUGGCUGCAGGAGGCAACGGAAGUGAUACACGAGUGCGCUCUGACCGAGCGGGGUGAGGAAGCGCCAGCCGAGGAGAAAGCGCCGCCAGCGGUCGAAGCGGUGGCGAAGCAGCCACCGGCAGCAACAGAUCUGCCGCGGUUGAUCGAUUUCCAUCCGAAAGUGUCGGUGCCGCUGAAAGCGCUCGAGGAAGAGAUGGAAGCGAUUGCAGCGCCGCCAGCAUCGCCCGUACGGUUCGACGGCGGUGGCGAGCAGCUGUCCCAAGCGUUGGUGGAGGGUGAUGAGCUGGUUAAUGGAGGCAGUGGUGGUGGUCGGUUCGAGCUGCCACCGUCGGAGGCGGUCGUGCGGAAGUGCAUCAAGAUUUUGUCGAGCGAGGACCACACGUACAUCGAGAGCAGCUCGAGCGACGAGGAGGAGGAGGAGCGCCGGUACGGCCGGUCGGAGGAUGAGGACGAUCGGACGAGCAGCUCGUUGUCGCGCGAGGCAACCACGCCGGAACAGUUCCUGAGCGGCGACGGCUACAGUGAUGAGGAUGGGGAGAAGCUUGGUCCGCCGGAGAUUGUGUCCGGUGGGCCGUCCGAGGCGUACUUUAACUUCCCGUGGACGUCCAACCUGCUGCCCCCGAUUGGCGAGGUGGAGGAGGAGUUCUCCUCCUUGGAGCAUCAGCACAAUGGCCCGAUAGUUAUUAUCAACACGGCGGAGGAAACGGUUAUCAACGACACGAACAACAACCAGCAGCGGGAGAGGAAGAAGCCGCCGCCGAUCGAUGACGAACCGCCGCCGCCGAUGCUGCCACAUUCGAGCGUACCGUCGACGAAAAUAGUCAUCACAGGGCAUCGUAUCGAGGCGAUGAUGAGUGCCGGCGAAAAUAUCGGCAACGACCGGAAUCAGAUGGCAGCAGCUGGAGAGCCGGAAGACUCCGUGAACGGUGAUCAGGUAUCGCUGAUGGAUGAAGGAGAAGAAGAGGAGGAAGAGGAUCAAGAUGCAGUCGAUUCGGAUGAUUCGCUCGAGGUGGACAGCGGCACGAUCGAGCGGCGAUCGGACAACGGCAUGAAGAAGCUGCAACAAGUGGAAUCCAGAACGGUCCAGCCGGAUGAGGGCGAACAGCGCACAGAGUCGGAUGAAAAGGUAAACAACAACACAGUCGCUGAUAAGAAGGUGCCCGCUGAUCCCGCGCUGAUCCCAGUGAGUGGGGGCGAGAUUGAGCCGACCAGCACCUGCGUGGACGGUAGUGUCACACCGCACGUUAACGGUGGUGUAGAGACAUCGCACCAAGUUCCGGAAGCGAUCGACGGACCGAUGGAGCAGCAACCAUCGGCUGGAACAGCCGGUGAGAUAGAGCAGAUGCAGAUGGAUACUGUGGACGAACCCAGCAGUGAUGCAGGAAGUGUGCCAGCGAAGAGCGCAAACGAAACGACCGCCAGCGGGGAGCUGGAGGCAGUGGACGCGGACAACAGCAGCAGCAAUAUUGACGCGUUCUGUGGUGACGUAGACAUCGUCGUAGGCGAUACCGUUGAGAGUGACUUUGAGGAGCUGGUCAAAGCGCAAGUCGAACCGCUCGACGUCGAGGACAGUUCGGAGCAGAUACAACAGAUUCAUGAGCGAAUCAUUGUUGGCAUUGAGCGCGCUGUGAGUGAGGAGGAGAUGGAGGUGAGGAAGGUGAUGUGAAGGUGCUGCCGGACCCGUUGGAAAAUGGUGAUGUGAGUGCUGAAGUGAAGACGAUGGUGGACCCACCCAGUGAUGAUGGGGACGGUGAUGUCGUAGUGGAAAGUGUUGCUGCACCUGCUGCGCCUGCCGCAGAGGAAGAGGAGCAACGUGGUGAUGCGGUCGUGGUUGAGGUUGAAAAGGAGCCGAAGCAGGAACCAGGAACCGAAAUACAUCCAACAG